AUGAGCGGCUCAUCGCCUUCUUCAGCUGAAGAAAGCAGUGCUUCUCCUGAUGAAAUCGACCCAACGAUCUGCGAGAAUGGAGACAUUAUCCUCGCUGUCGGCCCAGAGAAGACCGAGAUUCAAGUGACUUCAGACUUCCUAAAGAACAUCUCACCUGUCUUCAAGGCAAUGCUCGAGGCCCCGAUGCGUGAAGGUGAUGCUCUUCGAAAUCGGGCACCCGACUCUCCUGUCACGAUUGCACUUCCUGAAUAUUGUCCGUGGGCUAUGAACCACCUACUGCGAAUACCCUACGGUUCCAAAAUCCCACGCCUCGAGUUUAGAACAUUCUACAGUGUCGCGAUCUUGGCCGACAAAUAUGAUAUGGUUGAACGACUCCGGCCGUAUGGGGCGCUGUGGCUGCGAUUUUUACCUGGCCAUAUAGAAUACAUGGAGGAGGCCUGGCACAGAUUGAUCAUCUCAUACUUGCUAGACGAUGUCUAUGCAUUCUACUGGGCGAGCAAAGUCCUAUGCGGAUUCACUCAAGAACUGAUACCUUAUUGUUUCACUUGUCCUGAUCGGGAACUUGCAUUCAAGCUUUGUCUGGCUGUCAAUCAGCUGCGCCAAUGUGAUCCUGCAACUCGUCAAUUUGGAAAGGUGUUAUGUCUAUGCUGCUUCAAAAUCGCGCGCAACAGCUUCAUCGCCCCCCAAAGAGGAUGCAGGCUCGGCAAUCCUCUCAGCGACGAUAUAAUGGAACACGGAUGUUUUAAUCAAUUUAGUUGGAACAUCUAA